AUGGCGUCGAUUUGUUAUGCAAGUGCCGUGGUAGUCUGCCUCUUAGGAAUACAUUUUUCUACGGCGGACAUCGAUCACGCAACAAAACCACUGAUAGUUGGUUCCAGUGACCAAUUAUCAGAGAAAGAAAUAUUCCGUUCGGAAUUGCCCAUUCCCAUCAAACUAAACUAUGGGAAUCAACAAUUUCCUAUUAAAAAUGAUAGGGUCCCGAUUGUAGCAUUGGAAAAGCAAAGAGCCACAAACGAUAAUAAAUUGUCGACUGAAGGAAACGUAUUCAAGGAGGCAAUUUACCAAGAUUAUGAUGAGCCUCCUACCGACUUCGCUCUGAAAAGGUUUUGGGGAAAGUGGAGGAGAAGGAGAACGUCUACAAGGCUCCCAACAACUGUAACCUCAGAUCCAGCAUCAACAGGAUCCCCAACAACAUCUACUGCCAUACCGACAUCAACAGGAUCCCCAACAACAUCCACUGCCAUACCGACAUCAACAGGAUCCCCAACAACAUCCACUGCCAUACCGACAUCAACAGGAUCCCCAACAACAUCCACUGCCAUACCAACAUCAACAGAAUCCCCAACAACAUCCCCCGCCAUACCUACAUCAACAGGAUCCCCAACAACAUCCACUGCUAUACCGACAUCAACAGGAUCCCCAACAACAUCUCCCGCUAUCCCGACAUCUACAACAACCAUGACACAGACUCCAACAACAUCAACAGCAAUUCCAACUUCAACCCCAACACAGUCCCCAACAACUUCAAUGGCGAUUCCAACAUCUACGACAACCACAACAGAGUCAUCGACAACAUCCACAGCAAUUCCAACAUCGACGACAACCACAACACAGUCCCCAAUAACUUCAACAGCGAUUCCAACAACCACAACAGAGUCAUCGACAACGUCCACGGCAAUUCCGACCUCUACGACAACCACAACAGAGUCAUCGACAACAUCCACGGCAAUUCCAACUUCUACGACAACCACAACAGAGUCAUCGACAACAUCUACGGCGAUUCCAACAUCUACAACUACCACAACAGAGUCAUCCACAACAUCCACAGCAAUCCCAACAUCUACAACAACCACAACUGAGUCAUCGACAACAUCCACAGCAAUCCCAACAUCUACAACAACCACAAGAAGUUCAUCGACAACAUCCACGGCAAUUCCAACUUCUACGACAACCACAACAGAGUCAUCGACAACAUCCACAGCAAUCCCAACAUCUACAACUACCACAACAGAGUCAUCGACAACAUCCACAGCAAUUCCGACCUCUACGACAACCACAACAGAGUCAUCGACAACAUCCACAGCAAUCCCAACAUCUACAACAACCACAAGAAGUUCAUCGACAACAUCCACGGCAAUUCCAACUUCUACGACAACCACAACAGAGUCAUCGACAACAUCCACAGCAAUCCCAACAUCUACAACUACCACAACAGAGUCAUCGACAACAUCUACGGCGAUUCCAACAUCUACAACUACCACAACAGAGUCAUCGAUAACAUCCACAGCAAUCCCAACAUCUACAACAACCACAACUGAGUCAUCGACAACAUCCACGGCAAUUCCAACUUCUACGACAACCACAACAGAGUCAUCGACAACAUCCACAGCAAUCCCAACAUCUACAACUACCACAACAGAGUCAUCGACAACAUCCACAGCAAUCCCAACAUCUACAACAACCACAAAAGAGUCAUCGACAACAUCCACAGCAAUUACAUCGUCGACAACAACUACAACCCAGUCCCCAGCAACAUCAACAGCAAUCCCAACAUCUACAACAACCACAACAGAGUCAUCGACAACUUCCACAGCAAUCCCAACAUCUACAACAACCACAACAGAGUCAUCGACAACAUCCACAGCAAUUCCAACAUCGACGACAACCACAACAGAGUCAUCGACAACAUCCACAGCAAUUCCAUCGUCGACAACAACCACAACCCAGUCUCCAACAACAUCAACAGCAAUUCCAACAUCUACAACAACCACAACAGAGUCCCAAACAACAUCAACAGCAAUUCCGACCUCUACAACACCCACAACUUAG